UCAAUCUGAUCAAUCAUCCUGAGUGAUCAUUUAUCAAUUUAUCAGUUGUCUAUUUUCUGGAAGAAGAAGCUCCUAUUUUGUUUGUUUAUAUUUUCACUUGCCCCUGUGAACUUCUCUUAUAGUUUUAAUUUAAUGCACUAUUGUAAUUAACAAUUAUAUAUCUUAUAGUGUGAUCACGUAACCUAACCUAGUUGUUUAUUUCUUUUUUUGCUGUUCUAAUUUCAUUAGUUUUAAAUAUUUGGGUCUAAACAAGAUGGAUAAUGGUGAUAAUGGAGCAAGUGGUUUAAAUGAUCCUUAUAUGACACCAGGUGGGCAAUUUAUUGUCCAAACUGAAGAUCCAGAUGAAUUAGGUAUAUCAGGUGACAGCAUGGAUGCUGGUGAUAAAGAUGGGGAACCCCUGAGAGAACAGGUAAGAGAACAGGACCGUUUUUUACCUAUAGCAAAUGUUGCUAGGAUCAUGAAAAAUGCUAUUCCUAAAUCAGGCAAAAUUGCUAAAGAUGCUAAAGAGUGUGUCCAAGAGUGUGUCUCAGAGUUUGUCAGCUUUAUUACUAGCGAGGCUAGUGAUCGUUGCCAUCAAGAAAAACGAAAAACCAUAAAUGGAGAAGAUAUUUUGUUUGCAAUGUCAACAUUAGGCUUUGAUAAUUAUGUUGAGCCUUUAAAGUUGUAUUUACAAAAAUAUAGAGAGUCCAUGAAAGGUGAAAAAACUAUAAGUACAGCUACUGCAACUGACUCAUCUAUGGAUGAACUUGAUGAUGGAUCUUAUUCUUCCCAGACUCUUACAGCAGCUAUGUUAACUGAUCAGUCUGGACAGCAAAAUGUUAUUUAUACAACUGCAUAUCCUGCUCAGGAUUUGAAUCUUUUGCUGUACAAUAACACAUCUUAGUGGCAAUAUUAGUUUUCAUCUUGCAUCAUCAUUGCUGAUACAUACCAAAUUAUGCAGUUGGACCUUUAUCAUUGCAUCUCAUUGUUCUUUAUCUGAGUGGUCAACAUAUUUAUUAUUUGAAUACCUGUGUAACAUAGUAAAACAUAUUGAAUUUAAAAAUAAGCUGUAAUAAAUUAAUAUUAUAAUUUUUGCAA